AUGCGCCCCCUCGAGCCCCUCGCCUUGACGCUAACCUCGGGGAAGACAGGUGCGGGCAGCUGGAGACGCCUCUGCUCAGGCUUUUCCAGGCCGAGGCCCGCGUGUGACCAGCGCAGAGACGAGGAUCAGCCGCGGCUCCCGGGCCCAAAACCAUUGUUUGCUUUCACACCCGGACUGCGGAUGGAGCCAGCCCUGGGCGCGCGGGCUGCGGCCGACGCCUCCACUCGCCAGCUGUCCCCGAGCCCCGCAUCCACCUCCCAGGUCCGGGCCCUGCAUGGCCCAGGGCACGCGGGGGAGCCCCUCACUCGUCAGGGGCGUCGAUGGCCCAAGAGCCGCUUCCCCCGUGGGAAAUGCGGCCGCUCGGCCUCCCCACCCCAGGAGGCGACCCCUCACGCCUCCCCAGAGCCGCACCCCCAAUCUCAGGCCCUGAGGACACAGAACAAAGAAUCGAAGCCUCCGGCCCCUCUCGCAGGAACCCCACACCCUAGACCCCUCUGGCAAACGUGGACCUCUGAUCAAGCGCUGGAGACCCCCGACCAGGUGGCUGGGCACCGCAGCACCUGCACCCCGGGCCCCGCAGGCCCCGCCCAGCCCCGACCCUGCCCGCCACUCCGACUGCAGCCGGCAGAGAGUAAACGCAGAGGGGGCGCAGGGGGCGCGCCGGGCGCCAGGUCUGCGGGCGGCUCGCCCCUGCGCCGAGGGAGGGCGGCUCGUCCAGUCCCCGGCCCAGCCCGGUGCCCGUGUCCGUCUCCGCCCGGCGCGGUGGGUAAGUCCUUUAUCGGGGGAACCCGGGCCUCGCCCGCAGCCAUCCCUGCCUCGAGGCGCGCGCUGCGCCCGGGCGCGGGAGGCGCGGCGACUCCGUAA